CGGCACCGUUAAUACCUAAAGACAUCUAUGUCUUUAAAGCUAUGGGUUGAAUGGCGCGGAAAGAAAGUUUAAAUAUGUAAAAAAAUGCCUAAUUCAAUAUGCAAUUUGUCACAAAUAUCUUUGGACAAGAAAUAUAUGGAGUACAUUUAAAAUUAGGAUAAUUGAAUAUUCUUCCUUCCGGAUGUCUUUGGUGUUUCUAAAAAUUAUACUAAUAUGAAUAACAUUACAUCAGAAAAGCUUUCGUUAUAUUCGGUUCUCAGAAUCAAAAAAGAUGAUCUUAAGGAAUUUAUUUGUGGUUGGGGUGCCGCUGUUAUUAAUGUCACUGUCACUUUCCCUAUUAAUAAAGUCAUAUUUAGACAGAUUUUGGAGGGAGUUCCAGUGAGUACUGCAGUCGGGCAGAUAUCACGAGAGGGAAUACAAUUGCUGUAUCGUGGAAUUUUACCUCCUCUGUGUCAAAAGACUUUGUCCCUCAGUCUAAUGUUUAGCACGUAUGAAGGAUGCAAACAGAGAUUCGGUUUGCUUACCGUAAACAAUGUGCUGGCUAAGGUACUGGCGGCGAAUAUAGCCGGCACGGUGGAGGCUGUGCUCAUGCCAUUUGAAAGAGUACAAACGUUGCUGCAAGAUUGGCGAUAUCACGACAAAUUCAAGAACACGCCCCAUGCGUUUAGGUAUCUUUUAACGAAUUAUGGCGUGUCUGAGUGUUAUCGCGGCAUGGUUCCUAUCAUAUAUAGAAACAGCUUGUCCAAUUUGAUGUUCUUCACUUUGCGAGAUCAAUCGAAAAUCUUGAUAGGCGAGCAGGAUUCAUUAUUGACGAACUUUAUCAGCGGUGCACUCAUCGGUGGCUUUACCAGCACAGUGUUUUAUCCGAUGAAUGUAAUCAAGAUACACAUGCAGACAAAAAUUGGUGGCGACUUCGAGAAAUUUCAGGUUGUGAUUCGCGAGAUAUAUGUCUCCAGAGAUCGAAGUUUAGCUUCAUUUUACAAAGGCGUUCACUUGAAUUACAUGAGGUCUUUCAUUAGCUGGGGUGUGAUAAACGCGUCGUACGAUUUCUUGAAGAACAUCUUCUUCUAAAUUAUUUAAUGAAGAAGAGAAGUAUUUUUAUUUAUAUUUAUUUAGGAAAUUUAUUUUACGCCCCGCUGUAUAUAUCAGAUAUUUUAAAUAAUAGUAGGAAAUUGUAUCUUUUGUAGAAAGAUGUGAAUGUCACAGUCGCACAUUCUUCUUAAUAUAUAUAUGCGGGAUUAAGAUAAAUAUGCGAUUGCACA